AUGGAAGACACGGUUCCAGAGAUAAGGAACGAUCGGAAAAAGUCAGUUUUCAGGAAGUCCAUGUCGAGUGGUCAACUCAAUACCAUGCAAAAUGGUCACUUGAAGAGACAGAGUUCCUGCGUUAGCUUUAUUGAAUGUCCGUAUGUUAACGAAUCCAAAGAUCUACCGAGACCAGCUUCUCUACAAACCUUACCAAAGUUCCAGUCUUUGUUGAAUAAACGUUCAAAUUCUGUGGCACUGCCUGCUAAUAUGAAACCCACUGUGAAUGAAAGUUUUUCUAAAAUGGCAUCACGCAGGAAUUCAAGUGGAAAUUUCCGACCAUUAUCAGAGAGACGUGUUUCUAUUGAAUACAUAGACCCAAUAUCAGCUCGGACAAAUUCUAGUGGAUUCUUUGGAAGUGGCUUUAUGGAUGGUAUGGACGAAUUAUCAGCAGAAUCUUUACCGCGGGACACAAGGCUAUGGUUUUCAGCAGGUGGGAUGGCCUUCAACCAGACUACCAACCUUAAAGAGAGAUUAACAACAGCAGAAGAUGAAAGUGCUCUACUAGUCAGACAAAUGAUUUUGUAUUCCACAAGAGAGCGUGAUGUUGAUGAUAAUUUACCUUUCUAG